AACUAGUUUAUGUAAAUACUCUUCUAGUACUCCAACAUACCCAUCUCAAAAAUCACAUAACAUAAUAUAUAUCAAAGUAUGUCCCUAAAUUGUAGUUUUCUUUUUUGACAUCCUCAAACCUAGGGUGGAAAAAGCCUUCAAAUGAGACGUUACUGCCAAACUAUAACUGCGUAACGAGGAAAAAACCGAAGAUUUCGUUGUCUGGGUUGGCAAUCUCUAUCUGCCAACCUCAUUACCCAAUUACCUUUGAAGGAUCCCUAUUUAAUACUUACCAACAACCAAACUCAACGUCAAGAAUUUACAAAAUCAAAUUCCCUCUCAAUUAAUUGGCGUUUCAUAAGUUCGAAAGCAAUUCCCCCCUCAGCAUAUCAAGGCCAAAGUUCUAUCCAAGCAAUCAUCAUCGUCAUCAUCAUCAUUCGAUCAAGAUGGCGUCUGAGAGCACAACCGUGGAAGGUUGGACCAGCGGGGUCAUCAACGUAUGCCUCAACGAAUCCAUCCCGACGUCCCUCGACACGUCGGUAUUCUGGAAACUGGCCAGGCCCGACAACGAAAACAAUCCCACGUUCAUCCAUUACGUUCCUUACUACUUCGUGCAAUUCGCUGCCAUCCUCUUCGGCAUCAACGUCAUUUCGGCCAUCCUCAAGCCAUUACGCUUCCCUCGUUUUUCGGUCGAAUUGCUGGCUGGAAUUUUGAUUGGCCAGGGAUUGCGAACAUGGGCUAGGGUUUAUGCCAUUCCUACCAGUAGCCUCAAGGUGCUCGACACCCUGGGACAUGCGAGCCUCAUUUACUACGUGUUUUUGGUUGGGCUCGAGAUCGACCUGCGCACGGUCAGACACAUAGGAAAGGAGGCGGUCUACACGGGUUUAACCGGGACGAUACUUCCUCUCUUCGUAGGCUUCGUCGAGUUCUUCGUAAUGGCAGCUGAUCCAAGAUACACAAAUUUCUUCUCCCAGGAGUUCUGGGAGAAUCUGGCUCCGGUCAAGCUGACCGGACCCGUGUUUUGGGGAGUUGCCCUCACCGUCACCAGCUUUCCCGAUCUCGCCAGGAUACUCUCAGACACCAAGCUCCUCCACACUGACAUGGGGAGGCUGGCCCUGUCUUCCUCCAUCAUCAGCGAGCUCACGACGUGGAUCCUUCUGGUCAUCGCGCUCACGCUGAACAAUGGCACAUUGAACCCUUUGUACCUCCUCCCGACGUUCGCUUUCUUCGCCGCGUCAUGGUUCCUGGUGCGCCCCGCGGUCACGUGGAUCCUCAGGCACGCGGAUGAGACGGACAACAAGCUGCUCCUCAACUUCACCAUCUUCGGCGGGAUCCUGACCUCCUCGGUCAUCACCGAGGCUUGUGGUGCCAACUCGAUGAUUGGCGCCUUCGUGUUCGGGCUCGUCAUCCCCAGUGGGGAUGUGUACACCGUGAAGCUCAUGGAGAUAUUCGAGGAGUACGUCAAGGGGAUCCUGAUGCCCGUGUUUUUCAUGGAUAACGGGGUGAGGAGCAGCCUGGCUGCCCUCACCGCCAACUCCAUGUUCGUGACGCCUCCCCACGCCAUCUUCAUCCUCGUGGUACUCGCCUGGUCGGCCAAGAUCGUCAGUACUUUUGUUUUCUCCAAACUGUCAGGAAUGAGUAGUCGUGAUGCCUUCACUCUCGGAGUCCUCAUGAACACGAAAGGGGUUCUCGCUCUAGUCGUCAUCAACACGGGCCGCAACAACCAGGGCUUAAACCAAGUAAUGUUCCUCACGCUGGUACUCUCAAUUCUGUUCAUGUCCGUUACGAUAAUGCCCUUGGUCCGAGUAGCAAACAAGUCCACCAGAAAAUCUAGCCACUUCAAGCGCAGAACAAUGGAGAGCAACAAGCUGGAGUCGGAGCUCAGGGUGCUGGCGUGCAUCCAUACGACGCGUAAUCUUUCGGGGAUGGUCUACCUCCUCGAGUCCUCCAAUGGCAGCAAGCAGUACCCGAUAUCGGUGUUCGCUCUCCACUUGGUCCAGCUCACCGAUCGACGUGCCACGGCAAUGCUAAUCGUCCACGAUAACAGCAGCAACCACAACAAGCACAACAACAACAUCUCCCACCACAGUUUCGAAGGAUCGGGGCAGAACCUGAGCCGUCGAGAGGAGGAGUCGCAACACAUCAUCAUGACGUUCGAGAGCCUCGAGAAUCGAGGCGCGUCGGUGUCUGCUCAGUCGCUUACCGUGGUGUCCCCGUACACCACGAUGCACGAGGACAUCACCUGCCUCGGGGAGGACAAGCGGGUGACGCUGAUCCUCGUCCCUUUUCACAAGCAAGCUGAUGUCUACGGGAGGUUUCAGGACGAGAACACGAACUGGAGGACGAUGAACAAGAACCUCAUGGCCACGACUACUUGCUCCAUAGGUAUACUCGUGGACCGUGGGCUUGGCAGCAGCUCGAAAGACGUGACAACAACGUCACGGUCUCAAUCCUCGUUCGUUGUUAUCUUCAUUGGAGGGCCGGAUGAUCGGGAAGCACUUGCUUAUGGUUGGAGGAUGGCUAAAUCGCCUAAUGUCAAUCUCAUCGUGCUUCGGCUCCUUCCUGCCGCCGCCGACGAUGAUGAUGGUGAUGGUGAUGGUGAUGUACACGGUGACAAUAUCGAAGAUGUAACGGUCGAACAGGGAGGAGCCACGAUGAGGAGCAAGAGAGACGAGAGCGAGUUGGACGACGAGUACGUGAACGAGUUCAGGUUCAGGACCAUGCAGGACGAGAGCAUAAAGUACAUUGAGAAGCAAGUGAAGUCCGGGGAUGAGGUGAUCACGAUGAUUGGACGAGCGGUGACAUCUUGUGAUCUCUACAUACUGGGACAGAGCAAAAACGUGAGGUCGUCGAUCAUGUCGGGGUUGUCGGAAUGGACGGAGUACGAUGAGUUGGGCGUGUUGGGAGACACGUUGAUGGCUUCCGAAUUCGCACAACGAUCCUCCCUUCUUGUUCUCAAGCAACAUUAUGUUCCCGGGAUGCGUAUGUGGAUUCGCCGCGAGGGCAACGGCAUCAGCAACAACAAGAACAACGACAAUGACAAUGGUAGGGUUUCGCUAGCGUUUUCCAACAGUAACGCCAACGUCAUUUCAAAUGAUGUGCGGAUCAACCGUCCACCCAUGUUGCGGCAAUAACCCAUGCCAAAAAGAAUUACAAUGUAAUAAUCUAACUCGGAAAACAUUCUAAUUAACUAGUGUAACGAUAGUUUUUCAAAAAUACAUUUUUCUCUUAUUUCUUUGAAUCGCUUCAUCUUCCUUGAUGAUAGUUUUUCAGAAAUUCAUUCCAUGCAUUCAUAGAUCGAUUGUCCCAUCAUUGCCUCAACUUCUCUCAAUGUGAUGAACGAGCAGCAAAAUCAUAACCCAAACCUCCGAAGGCAAUUUUCCAUCAGAUAGUAUCACCCAAGUUUUGUAAUAUAAAAUCAUACUAGGUAAGCCCGCUCGCGUUGCUUUCGUGUCGAAUGGAUGCUAUGAAUCUAUGUAAAAUAAGCCAGAUUAUGCAAACUCGAAAAUUGUUGUUUCCUCCAUGUCUUAGCACGUUUCCUACUAUUAAUUAAUAUACAAAAGGCUAGGUUGUGAGUUACUAUUCAUUAGUGGCUCUCACACUACUCCAAUUGCGGGCAAGUUCAAGUUCCAUCUUUUACCCCCCCUCUCCCAUUCUACAACCUUUGUGUACAUCUAUUGUACAUAAGGUAUCGUCUAUUUUUCAUUGUGGUUUCAUCUAUUUUUCAUUUGUGUUCCCUAUUGAAACAAUUAUCUAUUAUCUAUUACAUUUUCGGCUAUGAUCUUUCGCUCAAAUCAUCGCCUUGCUCCGCCGAUUCGCAACUCAUCUCGAAACACUAUCGACAAAUCAGAAGUGGUCCUCUUCCAACGUUUUCCACGACCGCUAUCGAAGAUCCAGACCAUAUCUCGAAAUACUUUCGUUGGAAUCCUAGGUUACGUUGUACCCAUCCACCGUGUCACAAGACCGCUACCGAAAAUCCAUACCAACAUGCUCUAUGUUGCCGAGUUUUAUAUUCUUUGGUGUUUUCUUAUUUCUAUUUUUCUUUUGGUUAAACAUGACAAUUGAACUCAAACUCAUGGGUAUCCAACCUAAUUUGAUCAGGUCAAAGCGACUUGAACCCGUCUUUAGUAAUUUUAAAUUUCUAUUUUUCUUUUCGUUGAGAAUGACAAUUGAACCCAAACCUGGUAUUGACGAGUUUUGUAUCGAGAGCGAGUUUUAUCCGCUUUUGUAAUUGGCAUCUUGGGUCGAGUGUGAAUUUGUUAAAAAUUCGAUUCGACCUGGUCAAAGCGAGUUGAACACGGUGUUGACGAGUUUUGGAUCGAGAGCGAGAUUUGUCUGUUUAAUGUUAUUUUAUUUUUCCUUUUCGUUGAGAAUGACAAUUGAAGCAAGACUCGGUGCUUACGAGUUUUGUAUUGCGAGCAAAUUUUAUCUGCUUUUAGAGUUUUUGGUGGGGAGCGAAAUUUAUCCCCUUUAGUGUUUUUUAUUUAUCUUUUUCCUUUUGGUUGAGAAGCCAAACCUAUGGGUAUCCAACCUAAUUUAACUUGAUAAAAAUGACUUGAACCCUAUGUUUACAAUCUUUCAGGAAGGAGUGAGUUUAUUUGCUUUUGUAAUUGGCGGGUCGAGUCGAUUGUGAAUUUGUUACAUACUCGAUCCAACAAGAUCAUAGAGAGUUGAACAUGAUGUUGCCGAGUUUUGGGUUGUGAGCGAGAUGUAUCCACUUUAGGGUUUGUUAAUUUCUCGGGUGGGUGUGAUUUUUAUACGCUUUUUUAAUUGUCUGGUCACGGUUGUGAAUUUGUUACAAACUCGAGUCAACCCGAUCAAAGAGAGUUGAAAAUGAUGUUGCGAGUUUUGGGUCUUGAGCGAGUUUUAUCCGCUUCAAUGUCUCCUUUUCUUUUUGGUUGAGAAUGAACUUGAUAAAAGAAAAACAAAGCAAUUUACUAGAGAAGAUUUAACAUAGAAAUAAUUUGUUCGACGACCCUUAUCCCUUAUUAAAGUUCAUUUUUGUGU